GAACGUGUACUCUUCUCUCGGGAGCUGUCAGGGAGUGGGGAAGUCUCACUUACUUUAUUAGAUCUGGGGAGGGAGGAGCAUAUAACACUGCACUGUCAUAUAUGCAAUUUCACUUCAGGAAGCCACCGUGUAUCACUACUAUAACUGAAGCCUACCCUUGUCAAUCAGUAGUGUUCUAACACAAUAGAGUAAGAAACCACAUACCCACAUUAGUGUGUAAUGAGACUAAAAGGUUGGGGAACGGGGACCAAGAUCCUUUCGUUGUCCAAACUUCCAGGGCAGCCAUAAUCCAUUUCCCCUACACAACGGGCUUAAUACCCCCGUUACAAAAGUGGCGUCACGAACAGGAUCGAAUUAGGCACAUUUAGAUAGUCACACGUCUCCAGGCCCACAAAUUUUUGUCAAGUAAGAAAAUGUCUGAGCUGGAGGAACUAAAGAGAGAGAUGGCAGAGAUGCAGAGGAGGUUUGCUGAGCAGGCGGGGCACUUGACCAAGCCAGGACAGAGCAGAGAGAAGCCCUAUCCUUAGCAAAGGUCGUAAUUGAGAGCCAGGCCUCUGCCCAAGCGACCCCAGCUGCCAUUUAUAUCCCUAGGGACCGGAAGCUCCCUGAUUUCACUGGUUGCGUUUCAAAACCAGGUGACCUGAGUAUUGAAGAAUGGGUGGCAUCAAUGAAGUCUGCAUUUCAAGUCAUGAGGGUGCCCACUGAGGAUCGGGUUGAGCUGGUGAAACAGCACCUAAAAGAUGAGGCCAGAGCCACAGUGAAGUUCAUGAUGGAUGGAAAAGAGGAGUCUGUUGACAACAUCUUCACUGUUCUCCUUGACACCUAUGGAGAUAAAGUGCCCAUUGGUACAAGGCUGAAGGACUUCUAUGAUCGUGCUCAGAAUACAGGAGAAACAAUACGUUCCUAUGCAUAUGACCUUCGGGAAAGACUUAAUUGUGUUCAGCGCCGAGAGCCAGCUAGAGUAGCAGAUGCUGAAAAGGUUUUGAAAGAGCAACUGGUGCUAGGCCUAAAAGAUGACUUCUUGCGCCGAGAGAUGAAACGCAGAAUUAAGGCUGAGCCAGAUUUGAGUUUUGUGGAGUUGAUGCAAGCGGCAAUUACCUGGUCAGAGGAGGAAGAAGCACAGUCUUCUAGUAAUCUCAGGCCCAGUAUCCGUGCUAGAGGGGUAGUAAAUGCUGCUGCAGCACAGGAUGCUCCCUCCACUCUGUCUUUAGAGAAGUUGCAUGAAGCAAUUCAGAAAAUAGCUGCUCGUCAAGAGGAAUUAUAUCAAAUCGUUCAUGCAAAAGAAAGGGAUAGACCACAGCAGAACCAUCCAAAGAAACAACCGUUAAAAGACAGUGAAGGACGUUAUAUUUGUUAUUCAUGUGGUGAACCUGGACACACCAGCCGCUAUUGUCCACAAGGAGGCAAGUCUGGGAGGGGACCAGCCCCACCACAGUGUAUAGUGGAGUCUGCUGAAGUUACAGAGAAAGACUCAGGAGGUGCAGUACAGAAAAGCCCAGGGCCCUCAUUGAUUAGAUGUCACACAGCAGAAUGGCUGGUGGAUGAGGCUGCUGAUAAACUGAAGGAUAGUGCUUUUGGGGAUUGUCUUGCAGUUGAUGUGAAGAUAGCCGGUGUCAGGACCAAGUGCCUCUUAGAUACAGGGUCAGAGGUGUCCACCAUCUCCGAAUCCCACUUCAGACAGCAUUUUGGGGAGCAAAAGCUAAAGUUGUCCUCUGCAUGUUGGGUUAAACUGACAGCGGCCAAUGGACUAGACAUUCCUGUCUUAGGUUGCUUACAGGCUGAUGUCGAAUGUAUGGGAAAAGUGUUUCCUAGGAAGUGCAUAUUCGUUUUGACUGACACAAGUCCUGAUGUCAAGGAAAUGAAAGGAGUGUCUGGGAUCAUCGGUAUGAAUAUACUCAAUGAAGUGCAGUCUUUGUUCAUCUCAGCAGAGGGGAUGGAAAAGGUAGACAAGUAUAGUCAGCGAGAUGAAGCUCAAGUCCAGAGGGUACUUGCAAGAGUUGAGAAGGAAGCAGGACAUCUAGGGCCUGGCGGAAGGAUUGGGUAUGUUAAGAUUGCUGGAAGACAAGCUGUCACUAUUCCUCCCCGCUGUGAGAAGGUACUUGAGGGCCUCUGUGGAGUGUCACCUAGGGUGAAAUGUAAUGUGCUGGUAGAACCUGCAGAUGGCACUAGUUUGCCAAAAGGACUCUUAGUGGCUCAUGUUCUUGCUAAAACAAACUGUGGAAAGGUUCCUGUGCGUAUGCUGAACUUGAGUGGAAAGACUGUUAGAAUUGCACCCCGAUCUAGAGUGGCUUCUAUUUUUAAGCCAAAAGAGGUGGUCACAAAGGAUGUUCUUGAACUGGAGGAAGAUGACUGUGUACUUCAUGUCAAAGGAUUAAAGGAAGAUAAUGUUCAUGCUGAUAAUAACUUACUUCUGCAGCCGCCAGUUCCGGUUGAAGUAAAUUAUGAGGGUCUCACACCAACACAAUGUGAAAGGCUCGUUGAGUUGUUAUCAAAAAACAGAGAUGUCUUCUCCAGAGAUGACCGAGAUUAUGGUUACACCACAGCUGUGGUGCAUGAUAUCCCUACUGGCGAAGCACCACCGAUAAAACAGCGUCAUCGUAGAGUACCACCACAGAUAUUUCAAGAAGUCAAGAGGCAUGUCCAAAACCUGGUGUCUCAGGGAAUCCUCAAAGAAAGCAGUAGCCCCUGGGCAUCACCGGCAGUUAUCGUAAUGAAGAAAGAUGGCAGUGUGCGUUUUUGCUGCGAUUAUCGAAAGCUGAACCAAGUGACGUAUAAGGAUGCUUAUCCGCUUCCACGGGUGGACGAGUCCUUGGAUGCAUUGGGCAACGCUAAACUGUUCUCUACACUGGAUUUGACUGCUGGGUAUUUCCAGGUGGCUGUGAGUGAGAAAGAUAGGGAGAAGACAGCCGUCACCACCCCAUUUGGGCUGUUUGAGUGGACCAGGAUGCCGUUCGGGUUGUGCAACGCUCCGGCCACCUUUCAGCGUCUGAUGGGUGUGGUGCUAGGUGACUUGGCCUUUGAUGUUCUUCUGGUCUAUCUGGAUGAUGUCAUUAUCUUCUCCAGAGAUUUUGAAAGUCACUGUGAGAGGUUAGAACUUGUCUUUAACCGGCUAAGAAAACAUGGUCUGAAGUUAAAGCCAAGCAAGUGCUUCUUUCUAAGGCCUGAAGUAAAGUUUUUAGGGCACCAGAUUUGCUCAGAAGGCAUAAAAGUAGAUAACGAGAAAGUUAAAGCUUUGGACACCUGGCCAGUUCCCAGAAAUGUGAGAGAAGUCAGGCAAGUGCUCGGUUUUAUGAGCUAUUACCGAAGAUUCGUCCCAAGGUUUGCUCAAAUGGCCAAACCACUACAUGCGCUGGUAAGUGGAGGAAAGAGAAGCAAGACGCCAGUAACAUUCACUUGGACUCAAGACUGCCAGACCGCAUUGGAUGAUUUGAAAGGGUGUUUAAUGUCUCCACAAAUUCUGGCAUACCCUGACUUCAGUGAGCCCUUUACACUUACCACGGAUGGAAGUCAUCACGGACUGGGAGCAGUCCUUAGCCAGAAGCAGGAGGGGAUUGAGCGUGUGGUGGCAUAUGCAAGCAGAGGACUAAGAGGUUCAGAGAAGAAUGAUAAAAACUAUAGUGCAUUCAAGUUGGAGCUGCUUGCAUUAAAGUGGGCGAUCACAGAAAAAUUUAGAGAAUACCUCAUGUAUUCAAAAUUCACGGUGAUUACUGACCAUAACCCACUACGGUACCUUUACUCCGCUAAUCUUGGUGCAGUUGAGCAGCGCUGGGUAGCACAGCUGGCAGAGUAUGACUUUGAGGUAUGUUAUAAACCUGGCCGACACAACACAAAUGCAGACGCCUUGUCAAGGAUCCCCUCAAGGGAGGAACCAGAGGAGGACGAUGAUGGAAAGGAUUUCAUCAGACUAGGAGCUGACGAGGUGAGAGCAUGCUUGUGGCCAGGCAGGAGAAUUGACCGAGAGGAACUUGAAGGUAAAGCUGCGGUUCAAGCAUCAAUAAGAGGAGAAAUAAAUGGGUAUAGCUGGAGCGAGAUAGGAAAGCAGCAGAAGAACGAUCCUUUGAUCGGCCCCAUUUAUAAAGCAGUAUCCGAGAACAAGAGACCAAGUAGAAUGAAUCUCAAUUGUAUGGAGUCUAAAAUGAAAAAGCUUGCCAAGGAGUUUGACCGUCUUAAGUUGCGUCAGGGAGUGCUGUUCAGACGCAUCCUGGAUCCUAGGGAUGGGGAAGAGAUCUGGCAGAUGGUCGUUCCUGAGCCUCUACAGCAUGAAGUGUAUGAGGGACAACAUGAACACGGAGGUCAUUUCGGUGAAAGAAUCGCUGUUGCUACCAGGAAUCAGACUGCAAAUACAACUGCAAAGGCCCUGAUCAAGCACUGGGAUGCACGUUUACCAAUGGAUGUCCUUGGAGAAAAGGAUCUAAAAGAGGAUGAGGUGGAUAACCUAGAUGACUGGGUGAAAGCUCAUCAUGCAAGACUGAAGACGGCUGUGGAAGUUGCAAACGCAGCAUCUCAAGAGGCUUCCAGAAAGAGAAAGAGGAUUUAUGAUCGCAAGACAUUUGGAGCUCUUAGAUGA